CACUCUUCUGCUUAUUUAGAGAGAAAAAGAGCGCUCAGAGCAUAGAAAGAGAGAGAGAGAGAGAGUUGUAAUGGUUUUUGCAGAGAAACAAAGCAGAACCUUUGAAUAGAUUCCUUCAUUUUCUCUCUCUACAAUGCUUUCUCUCUCCAACUCUCCUCAUCUCUGAUACAUAAAUGGCAGACAUGUAUGACACCACCUGCUCUUCAUCUUCCUCCCCUGAACUCGAAGACAUCUCCCUCUUCCUCCACCAAAUCCUCCUCCGAUCAUCUUCUCCGUCGUUGUCCUCUUCCUCCUCUGCUCUCAUGGCACACAACGGCAAACAACUCCACUACUUCUCACAGUCUCAUCUUUUCCCCCAAAAUCAAAACUCGGACCGACUCGUCACUGACCCGAUCUCAACGCCCGAGUCGUCGUCCGGGUUGAACUCUUCCUCCGCCGCCGUCUUCUCCUCUUCCGGCGAUCAUUUCACAGCGAGUACUGCCAAUGUGUAUUCCUCCUCCGGUGGAAUCGUCGACACUGACCCAGACGAGUAUGAUUGCGAAAGCGAGGAGGGUUUUGAGGGUUUGGCAGCAGAGGUGCAAGCAAAGCCGUCCUCGACUCGCAAUCCGUCAAAGAGAAGCAGAGCUGCUGAAGUUCAUAAUUUGUCUGAAAAGAGGAGGAGGAGUAGGAUUAAUGAGAAAAUGAAAGCAUUGCAAAAUUUAAUACCGAAUUCGAACAAGACCGAUAAGGCCUCGAUGCUGGAUGAAGCCAUUGAUUACCUUAAGCAGCUUCAGCUCCAAGUACAGAUGUUAACAAUGAGAAACGGAUUAAGUUUGUCCCCGAUGUGCCUACCUGGAGUGCUUCAGCCAACUCAACUCUCCCAGACGAGAAUGGGCUUUUAUGAGGGAAAUGGGUCCCAAAAUAUGAACUUGACAGGUGCACUUGCAAUGAACCAAGAAACCCCAACGAAUACUGCGUUCAGUCUACCCAACCAAUGCUCUAAUCCAAACCAGCCAUCGGUAGCCAAUUUGUCAAAUAUUAUCAAUUCAGAUACAUUAUUUGGAUUGCAGUCGUCAAUUCCGAGUCACUUUAGACCAUUUCAGCCUCACACAUCAUCUGAAGAAAAUUGCAGGGAGGACUUGUUGCAUCAUCAGCAGCUAAAUGUGAAUCAUCCUGACACAAAUCCCUUAGAAUUUAAAAUGGGAGUCAAAGCUACAAUGUCAAUUCCCUUCGACUCACAAACAUCUGAUUUAAAGGACAACACCCAGGAAUCAUGCAUCCUAGGGAGAGAUCGGGCUGAAGCCGUUCUUCUAAACAAUCUGGAGUGUAACCACUUGGACGCAGGAAGACGUGCAUCCAACGAUGACAUCAAGAAUGAAAGAUCGAACUGUUGAAAUUCGACGUCCAAAGAGAAUUUCUGAAAUUUGAUGACCUCUAAUCACACUGAUAAUAUUUUGAACUUACUCGGGCCAGAGAACACUUGGGCAUUGCUGUGUAAUUUUAGGUUGAAGGAAAUGGAAAUAUUCAUGUAAGCUCUUUUUUGUGUGUGGUCAUUGUCAUAUAUAUAUAUAUAUGGCCAGCAUUUCAUUCACAGAAUAUUUAUUUGCCAUCUUCGCUUGUUUUUAUCCAAAUCAUGUAAAUUCUGAUGGUACUAGGUCUUGUAUUCUCUU